UGAUAGCGUACUUUUCAUUCGCAGCUUUUAGUUCACGAUCAAGUAGAAUUGCGCACGCCCGCUAGCGCGAUAUACGAACGCAGAAUCCCGUUAUCUUGGCGAUUGUUGAACAUAAUUAAGAACUACUUAAUUGCAUCACUGAGAUGCACGUCUAAUUGUUCGGCAAUUUUUAUUCAAUCAGUUUGUGUGACAUUAUCGUGUAAAGAAUUCAGUGAUUUUCUAUUUUAAGUGUACUCAGUUAAGUGACGGAUUUUUUUUUGAAAAAUUAUUAACAGUGAGUGUUGUGAUUGUUGUGUGUACGAUUUUUUUGGAUUACUUUCAUUUGGAUAAUGCAUUUAAGGUGCAAUAAAAAGCUGCUUUCAUGUGUUGGAGAAGAUUUGAUAUACACCGUGAUAUUUCUAGAUUAUUACUGAAGACAAGAAAAAAGAGAAUUAGAUAGUAGUAUAUAACAUAUCGGCGCAGUGGUUGAGUUAAGAUUGCAUCACGAAGCGGAAUCCCGCGGCCACACGGUGGCGGGGACACAGGUCCUACGGGCCCCAUCGCCGAUGUCGCUGGCGAUGCCCUUUAUUGACAACGAUCUCUUAUGGUGUCCUGAUAACGAUGGUAAAAUGGUAGACCUAUCGUCAUGCUUACAAGACGCUGCAUCUGUCGCUAUCGGUCAACAGAACGGGGCGACUGCGGCUGGUGGUUUGGGAGAAUUAUCGCAAUCAGAUCUCACUUCGUUAGUUCCAGGAUUGUCAGACGAACAGGAGCAUAUUCCUGAUACCGAAGAUAUUUUUAAACAAUUAGGAGAUACAAAUUUCGAAUUAGACCAUUUAUUUACUGAAUUCAACCCUGGUGAUAUUAAACAAGAAGAAAAUAAUAACGUACCAAAUUCCAACACUGAGCACAAGAGCGCGCCAGUAGAUCGUCGAUCGACAAUAAAGUUUACUAUCGCAGCAGCGAAUCCACUCCUGGCCGAGAAAUUAGCUACACCUAGCGGGCAAACGUUACAACUUAAUACUUACGAUGGCAGACAUGAGGUGGCGCCACUAACACCGAAAGUCGAAAAAGGUAGGAAAUGUGCAAAUUUUCUCACGAUAUUAAAGAUUGUACCAUUUUUAAGAGAACAAUGCCUAUUGUGA